CCCUCCUGGGCUUCUGGCACCAUGACUCCCCUGAAGAUGCUGCUUCUGGUUGCCUUCCUGCUCGGGGCUUCUCUGCAGUGUAUCCAUGCAGUUAGAGCCACUAAUGUGGGCCGGGAGUGCUGCCUGGAGUAUUUCAAUGGAGCCAUUCCUGUCAAAAAGCUGGUGAAGUGGUACAAGACCUCAGAGGAGUGUCCCAGGGAAGCCAUUGUGCUUGUAACUAUCCAGGGCAAGUCUGUCUGUUCAGACCCUGAGGACAGGAGAGUGAAGAAGGCAGUUAAACAUCUUUUGCGCAAAGCCAUCCCCCAGGCAUCCUGA